AUGACGCUGAGGAAGGCGUCACGACCGAAUGUCAAAAAGAAGCGCAACUGGCAGAGACCCAGAGGCAUUGAGAGCGUGGUGCGCGGGAGAUUCAAGGGCCAGAGCUCUAUGCCCUACAUUGGUUUUGGGACCAAGAAGAAAACAAAGUACAAGCUGCCCAGUGGCAUCUGGAAGUUCCUAGUGCACAAGGUCAAGGACUGGAGUGCGGCUGAUAUGCAACAGAUCUCCCUGUGCAGUGACUGCUCACGAGGUCUCCUCCAAGAACUGCAGAGCCGUGGAAAGAGCAGCCUGGAGACCAUCAGCGUCACCGACGCAGCGCCACACUGCGCAAGGACAGGUCGACAUGAUGACAAAUCACAGGCAGAUGCUGAGGAUGACACACGUGGUCACAUGUCCAAGCGAUCAGCAGUGGAGGGUGCAGGAUCUGGGGAAACACACUCAGCGAUGUGA